UUGAAUGGACUAUAUCUUCAAGCUUAAAAGUGAAUUAUUAUUAGUAUGGUCUGACAGGUUUAUGAAUUAAUUUUAUUAGGAAAGAAUCAUGAGUUGUUUCAGCUGUUGCGAAGAGGAGGAGUAUCAUAAGGCUGCUGAAAGUGGUGGACCAUAUGUUGUAAAGAAUCCAGCCGUUAAUUUGACUCAUAUAAGUUAGAGGAGUGCAUUAGGGAUGAUCUCUGUCCACUGGAAAUUCUAGAUGAUCUUGAUUGAUGUGUGUUUUAGGCUAUACCUAAACUCAGUGACGAUAAGGUCAGGCAGUGUGUUGAUACAAGACUACGAGGAGAAUACCCACCAAAAGCUGUUGCUAAGGGACCUUAACCCUUUGCAUGAUAUCAUCAAUCAAGAUGACUACAAGGAAAAGUACUUUAAAAGCGUAAUUCCUCUUGGCCUGAAAUAUGCCGAGGUAACUGGUUUAAUAUUUUGUGGAAAAUUACAAGAAAUCAUUUUCCAUGGGGAGGUAGACAAUCUUGAAGCACAGCAUAGAUAUCUGACAUGGAGAGCCGAAAAGGAUCCGAGACAAGGUGUUUUGAAGAAAUUGAUAGGUGACACACUUGCCAAGGAUUUAUUAAGAAGCUUUCUCUUUAAUGGAGUCAACGAACUAGGGAGCAAAAAGUUCCAUGACUAUUUUCCACACUACAACGGCGAGGAAGGAAGUCUAAAUAAGAAAGGUGGUAUUAUUGGAAAGUCUUUUGAAAAUCGACCGUGGGAUGCAAGAGGAGAAUUCCUUGGUCGAUGAAUAUUGUAGCUUUGCUCUCAAACUGUUAUACAAGGCAUGUAGCUGGUAAUAUUUCUUUAUAAGUGGAGAAAUAUAUCACUUUUGUAAAGAUUUUAUGAUCUAAAUAUUGGAGAAAUAUUUUUUUUUAUGAUCUAAUUUCAUUUCAAUAUUGCCACAAGGAUAUCAUACUCAUGUUAGUGCUAUAAUUAAAAUGCUAGGAAUGCAAGUAACAUGCAUUUAAUAGAAUUAGUAAAAUUAAAUUA